UAAUUUUGCAUUUCACAUGAAUGCUAAUAUAUUUGUAUGGUAUUUCAGCUUUUUUUUCUGUCCCUUUUCUUUCAGAUGUUGUCUUCUCACAGAGUAUUUUCAUUGUGUUCAUAUUUAGUUUCAUGGUUGCAUGUUUACUGUGUAAAAUAUUCUGUGCACACCCCCUUGCAUGUCACAAACCUUUUUGGCAGUAGACGUGUAGUGUAUUGAUAAUUCUGUCAACUUGCUCUCUGUUACUAUCCUGUUACUCUAGCUGGUGUGAGAGAGAGAGGGCAAUUAGUCAUCUUGCCUUGUCAGCUUCCUGCAGUACAUUAUGGAUAGCACUUGUCAUUUUGCCUGUUGUGAUCCUUGGCUUUUUAUUUUUUCUCUUUUGCUUUAGUUUCAUUGUUGCAUGUUCUUGUGCACAACCCCUUCAAUAUUGCAUGGUACCACCCUUGUUAGGUUUAGGUUUACCUCUAGCUCUGAAAACUUUGCUAUCUAUUCGUUUUUCUGUCGCUGUUGCCAGUGAGUGAGAGAAGAACCAUCUGUCUUGCCUUUAUUCGGUAAGCACUUCACAUCUAUGCAAUUGCCCUCUAUGUAAUUGCCAUCUAUGUAAUUGCCAUCUAUCCACUUGCCAUCUCUGCACUUGUCAUUGUGUAUUUGGAGAUCCUCCAUUUAUCAUCAGCCUUAGUUUCACUGACGCAUGCUCAAACCAUACUAUGCUAUUAUUAAAGCUUGUGAAAUGGUCCCAAGUGGCAAAAUGCAUGGAGGCUUCUUUUCACUUCACUCUGUUGACUCAACUUCAAUUGCUGUCAAGGCUGGUUCUUUUUUGAUGAAGAACGAUGCAUGAGCAGAAUACCUAUGUAUAUGUCAUACAAUAUUGUAUUGCAUGGUGGUAGUCAUUGUGAUUUUGUUUAUGUUAGUUCUGUCAUAGAUUCAUUUGCAUCAUUUGAAAGAUUUGUUGCCAUGUCUUGUGAUGUGGUGCAAUGGGGUUGUGUCAAUUUCAUCUCCAUUCCAUUUACCAUGUCAUUGUCAUCACAAUAGCCAGUAAUGACAACUCCGAUCCUGUCAUCACUGGAUGUCCAGAUGACAUCAGUGUGGCUAUCCCGUCUGGUUCUACCAGAGUCGCUAUCACAUGGACUGAGCCAACAGCUACAGAUAACUCUGGCACAGUCAUUUCUGAGUCGACCAGAUCUCCUGGAGAUACAUUCGACGUUGGCACGACAGUAAUCACCUAUACAUUCACUGACGGAUCAGGAAACUUUGCUAUCUGUUCAUUUUCUGUGACUGUUGCUGCCAUCUCUGACAACAUUGAUCCUGUCAUCACUGGAUGUCCAGAUGACAUCAGUGUGGCUAUCCCGUCUGGUUCUACCAGAGUUGCUAUCACAUGGACUGAGCCAACAGCUACAGAUAACUCUGACUCAGUUGUCAUGUUUACAACUACUAAUUCUCCUGGGGAUACAUUCAGCGUCGGCACAACCCAAGUUACCUAUUCUUUCACUGAUGGAUCAGGAAACGAUGCCUUCUGUACAUUCUUUGUGAUUGUCAGUGGUAUGUCUUCUUCCCUUUUCCCAAGACAUCUUUUUUCUCCAAUCCAAAUCAUGUUCCCUACAGUGUAGUACUGUAUUUGUUUAUUUGCUUUAACCAUUUUUUGUGUCCCAUACUUCAGACUACUAAACAUAAUUGUCAUCAAAUGUAUCGUUAUUUAUAAGAAGGGGGAAAAAGGAGAUUUUUCGUUGCAUGUGCCAUGUUAGGAUGUACGCCUCCAAAACCUUCCCCACAGUGAGCUGUCCCAACUGCAUUGAUAUCGGUAGGUUUCAUUAGCUUUCUACCCCUACUAAGUGCUUGAUAGCAUGUCCUUGUAGGUUAGCAAAACAGGGGUCCGCCACGUAGGCAACUAUAGUUGAACAUGCUCUUAUAAAGCCUUUUCUGUAAAAUAC